UAUUUUCCUUCAAUAAUCCCGAUUCAGAUUGAUACUGUACGGUACUACUCCCAACUCCAAAACCCACACCUCUGUGCCCUAUACAGGGAACCGUUCUUCUCUUCUUGCCCUUCUCAUUUUUAACUUUAUUUAUCCAUCUUUUCAUUGAAAGUUCUGCUCAGUGUUUUUCAGAUCAUUCACGUGGUGCAAAACAGGUUUCAUUUCAAGAUUCAUCGAUCUUGGUCCCCAAUUUGUACUUUCCUUUUAUGCUCCACUUUGGGCGUUUAUUCUAUUGCUUAUAUGCAAGCACUGUAUUGAGGUCCAGGCGAGAAUAAACCCCUUUAACAGCUCUUGUGAAUACAAUGUCUGCAAUCAGAUUUGAUGCGUCAAAGCAAUAUUAUGCUACCAGCAGUCUUGUGGUUGGAUAUGCCCUCUGUUCCAGCUUGCUUGCUGUGAUUAACAAGUUUGCUAUAACCAACUUCAACUACCCAGGUCUUCUUACUGCAUUGCAAUACCUAACUUCAGCUUUAGGGGUUUGGGUUUUAGGAAAAUUUGGGCUGUUGCAUCAUGAUCCGUUUACGUUGGAGAAUGCCAAGAAAUUCUUGCCUGCUGCCCUUGUUUUUUACAUGGCAAUAUUCACCAACACCAAUCUUUUGCGCCAUGCCAAUGUGGAUACUUUCAUUGUCUUUAGAUCCUGUACGCCUCUGCUUGUUGCUGUUGCUGAUACAGCUUUUAGAGAGCAACCAUGCCCGUCAAAGUUGACGUUUCUCUCUUUGGUGGUCAUUUUGGGAGGUGCUGUUGGGUAUGUUGCUACAGAUUCAGGUUUUACUCUGACUGCUUAUUCUUGGGCGUUUGCGUACUUGGUAACCAUUACAACCGAGAUGGUCUAUAUUAAACAUAUGGUAACUAAUCUGGGGCUGAAUACUUGGGGCUUCGUGUUCUACAACAAUUUGUUGUCAUUGAUGAUGGCUCCUUUAUUUUGGAUUAUUACUGGGGAGUAUGUUGAUGUGUUCAUUGCUAUGGGAUCAAAUGAAGGGACAUUGUUUAACCCUGUUGCCUUCGUUGCAGUCUCAUUAUCCUGUGUGUUUGGACUGCUCAUCAGUUUCUUUGGAUUUGCUGCAAGGAAAGCAAUCUCCGCUACUGCUUUUACAGUAACCGGGGUGGUGAAUAAGUUCUUGACAGUUGCCAUUAAUGUUCUCAUUUGGGAUAAGCAUGCUAGUCCGUUUGGUUUGAUGUGCUUGUUGUUUACUAUUGCUGGAGGUGUUCUUUAUCAGCAAUCUGUAACUGGUGUUAGUACCACUCCACCACAACGGGAUUCUGCUGUGUCUAAGCAGGACAAUAAGAAUGACCACCACAACUAUGGAGAUAGUGAUGAAGAGAAAGGAAUAUCCGGUAAGAUUUCUGGUCUAUAAGCAUUUUGGCAUUUGUGCCUAUUGCUGAUGAGGCUAUUGUUAGUCCUCCCACUGCGUUAUUUACCUAUACUUUGAUCCUAUUCUAGUCAUUACAAACUUUUGCUAGAUGCUUUUUAGAUUGGCCUUGUUAUCGCUAUCGAUUAGUAAUCAUUUGACUACUAUUUGUGAAUUUUUGCUCCCUUUCUUUUGGCAUGCUAUCGUGUUGAUUUCAUUCAUGUAUCUCUUGUUUUACACUGGCGGUGUCCAGUUUAACAAAAGUCCUACAGAAAUGUA